CACGUGCCUCAGGUUUAAUGGUUUUGGAGGAACAUGGCUAUGUAAGUUCCCUUCAGAAAGAACCACAUCCAAACACACAUCACUCCAGGUCUUCAUUCUCUGUUAAAUCUGAAUUUAAGCAUCUUGUUUGAGCCAGACUGAAUGUAAGGCCCCUACCACAGAGAACAUGGAAAGUUUGCCUCAUCAUGUUUAGCUUUAUUUUCUCUGCCACACUAGUUCUCCCAAGACACUGAUAUCUGUAGGGGGUUGGUGGGGGACGUUCACCCACUGAUUUUUACACAGAAAUGUAAGUGGUGCAUUUGUUUUCAACAAGAAUAAAAGUUGAAUUUGUUUUUACUGUAAUAGAAUGCAUAUUAUCAUAGUGACGUUGCUUGUGCCAUUUAAAUGUAUGAUAGUUCAAACAAGACUUCUCUAAUGCUUUAGAACUAAUUUUCAUGCUAUAACUUUGGUCCAUCAUUAUGGCAGAGCUUUAGUAGUUUGUGUGGGAUGCCAGUGUUAUAGUGACUAUUCACUGAGACCUUAUUCCACCUUAUAUACCGCAUAGUGUUGAACUGAGUAUGCAAGCAUGUAGUUUGUUCUCCCAUGUUUUAUCAUGUUAAUCCUAAAGGUGUCAUCAUUUUACAGACACUGCUUCAACUGUAACGUGUGAGUUUUGAAUUCACCUCUAACCAAGUAUUGACUGUCAUGUUGGACAAACCCCAGCUCAUAAUGAACUUAUUUGUUCAUCAAGCAAAAAGUGAUUUGUGGUUUAGUACCUGUUAAUAUCAAGGCCAAAAUGUCUGCAGUCUGUCAAAACACACACCGUUCAUUCUGUUUGUACUUUCGCUACAACUAAGAUCAGAAACCUUUUUACUAACACAAAAUUAACACCUUCUAAAUACAGUAUGUGUGGUGUGGUGGUGUAGGUGGGGCCUGAAGUAAGUAACAAGACACACUUCCUCUUCCUAUAGUGGUGAAAACAUUAACCAACCGCUACCAGAGGAAGAUCAUUUUGAGAGCACAACGUUUAGAGCUGCAUGAAAAGAAUUUACCUUGAGUGUGUCAGUGUAUGAAUACACUGCAGAGCAGGUUUCCUGCCACCUCAACUAUAUUCUUCCUUAUUGUGUUACUCUACUGUGACCUGAAGGGCAGAUGAUGUGCGAGUGGUGUUGGUAGGGUGUUGCUGCUGUGGUGAUAGUGUAGAAAUGGAAGAUCAAGUGCCAAACGAGGAUUCAUCUCAAGCCACAGAUGUGAAGAAGGUGCCUCAUAAAUCUGAAACCAAGCGAUACAGUGAAAUCUUCAGGGACUUUGAUAAGCUUGAUUUAUCUUUAAUCUCCUCUUCAAGGGAGGAUCUGCUGGCAGAUUCUGACACACAGUCCAUCUCUGAACCCGUCACAGAAUUCACAGAGCAACAUGACGUAUCUAGUGACAAUGCGUUUUGUGCACAGAUACGCUCUGAGACAAAUGAAACCAAUGAAGCUGAUGGAAACAUAUCAGCCCAGGAAGCAGACCUGGCCCUCUGUCGUAGUGAGGAUGGAGUGGAGGCAGCGCUGCAAUAUACCAAGAUGUGGUGCCGCUAUGCCAAAGACCUCCUUGCUUGGAUGGAGAAAAGAAUCACUUUGGAACAAGAAUUUGCAAAAAAUGUGAUGAAGACAUCUGAAAGUGCAAAAGCCAGUGUUACACAACAGGAAAUUAUGCCUCUGCAAUACAUCUACACCAUGGCACUAGACCAAGACAUCAAGAACAGUGUGGCCUCUAGAAAGACUUCUGAACUGAUACAUAACCGCUGUUACCAAGCCUUGGCUGCCAAGAGGAAUGAGAUCGACAAGUGGCGCAGAGAGUUUAAGGAGCAAUGGGCAAGAGAACAGAGGAGGAUGAACGAAGCAGUGACAGCUCUGAAAAAGGCUCGGCAGCAGUACUUUCAGCGCUGUGAUGAGCUAGAAAAGGCUAAAGCUGUUUCUGCUAAAGCUGUGGAUGACACCGCUGGAAUCAAAACACUGGAUAAGAGACGGAAGUCCAAGGAUGAAGCCCAGACUAAGGUGAUGGAGGCAGAGCUUCUGUACAAACAGUGCGUGGACGAUGCCAAGAUCCACCAAGAUGAGUUGAUAAAGGUCAAGGAGAGAAUUAUUUCUCACGUUCGCAAGCUCAUCUGUCAGGGAGAUACUGUGGUCAAGCAGGCCACAGUCAACAUGUUUUACUACCAGCGGCAGCAGAUGGAGCCUGUUCCCCUCGGCUAUCUCAGACUGGAGUCACAAUGUAGGUGCCUGGAGCCUGGUGAACCCUACAUGCUCUACAUCCUCAGCAAGCACCGCCCCGAACAACCUCUCCAAGUCUUUACCUUCCAGGAGUAUGUUCCUCAGGGCAAAGGGAACAAACGAAAAACCAGCAAUCCUCAGGACUUGCCCCCGGUGAUAGACGACAUUCCUUAUAGAAGAUCCAGUGACAGCAAGAAAAUGGGGUACAGUGACAGUGAGAGUUUUGGAGGUAGUUUGGAAUCUUUGUCCAGUCCUGCUCAUCUUAAUAGGAGGCUGCCUAAAACCCCAUCCACCUUGACGGUGUCAUCAGACGACCAGGAUGACCGUGAUGGGACAUCAGAAUCAGAGUACACUGAUGGUCAGCCAGUCAAAGUGCGCACACUUUCACGAGCUGCACUAACACACCAACUCAGAAAGACAAAGAGCAAGAUGAUCAAAUGCAAGCAGUGUGACAACUACAUUGUUGUGAAUGGGGUUGAAUGUGAGGAGUGUGGGAUGGCUUUGCACAGGAAAUGCAUGGAGGUCUGUCAGCUUGAGUGUGAGAACAGGAAGGGGACUGUGUUUGGGGUGGACCUCUCUCUGCUGGCAGGUGACAGGCCAGACGAGGUGCCCUUUGUGGUACUACGCUGCACAUCUGAGAUUGAGAGUCGCGCUCUCUCAAUCCAGGGCGUGUAUCGUGUGAGUGGAUCCAAACCUCGCAUCCAGAAGCUCUGUCAGGCCUUUGAGAUGCAAAAGGAGCAAGUGGACCUCUCUGACCUCUCUCCGCAUGACAUCACCUCAAUCCUUAAGCAUUUCUUUAAGGAGCUCCCGGAGCCCUUACUAACCUUUGACCUAUACAAUGAUUUCAUGGCGGUGGGCAAGACCAUUCAGCAUUUGAGUGAACGGGAGCCAGCACCAGACACUAAUGAGAUAAUGGACAUCAUUUACAGCCUCCAAAAGCUACUACAGAAACUCCCUCCAUAUUACUACAGCACUUUGCAGCACAUGAUGUCUCACCUGCAAAAAGUUUCAGAGAACCAUGAGAACAAGAUGUCCCCAAGUAACUUGGGUAUUGUGUUUGGGCCGACACUAUUGCGCCCUCUUGUGACUACGGACAUGUCGAUGAUCGCCUUGCUGGAGACAAGUUACCAGGCUGCAUUUGUUGAGUUUCUCAUCACACACCACGACCAGGUUUUUGACCUUCAGCAGAGACUCAGUAUACCCCCUCCCCCAGUGCCCACUGCACCUCUUCCAGACAGCCCUCCCAGAGCUUCCUGUCCCCUGGAUGGAGAUGUUUAUACCAGCCCCGAACAUGAAAACUCCACCAGAGAGCGGCCACACUCACUAGAAAGUCGAACAAUCAAGAGAGACUCAAGCGAGGGUUAUAUAUCUGACAAGUCUUCAUCCAAUGAGGCAGUGGACCAGCUCAGCCCAGAAGCCAAAGAGAGAGCAGUCCUGGCUAUGACAGCGGCAUUGACUGAUCCUCCCGGCGAGCCACUGGGAGAACCAGACUCUGAUUUGGGGACCAAGCCACACUAUCGCUUCACCAGACAGCCUGUGAAGUAUUAUCGGCAUCACAACCCAGGAAAUCAUCUCUCAGGUCCAGGUCAUUCAGCUAUAGAGCCCGCAGCUCCCGUGAGGGGCCACCCAGGGAGUGCUGACAGCAGCCGCAGCUCCUCUCCAGAACCAGGGACACAGACACUUCCCCAAAACUUAGAUUGCCACUGUAAGAACACUUGCCAGCCUCACCAGUCCACCACUGCCACUGAGAGUAAAGCAGGUGUCCCACUAAACCCCCGUGAGAUUGUGCAGUACAUGUUGGGACUGGACUCAACAGUCACUGCACCUGAAGCUGGGACAGCAUCUGGUACAACACCAAAUUCCUCUCGGGAGGAGGCAGCUGGGUGUCAAGCUGACAUAAAUCUGACCAAUAACAGACAGAGUGCUGGACAGAGCUGGGCUCUGAGUCAGUCAAAGACACUUCCUGUUGAACACAAACUGCCCUCUCCAACCCAGAAGGUCCUGUCUGGUCUGAAGCUGAGACGCAGCCACUCAGGGAAGGAUGAGCAGCUCUUUGUCUGA